GUAUUCACACUACUUGCUUGGAAAAAUCAGUUGCAAAAAGAAAAACAACCAAAAAAAGAAUAACAAUUCAGUAGUGCUAUAAAGUUGUCGAACCAGAGCGAUCCAAAGUGAGCGAUUGUUUGUUUUUCUCAUAGAAAGCGUGCAACAAGAGAUUGCAGGACAAGAGCAGCCAAUCAGCCUCGCCAUGGAGCCUCCGUCAACGGGCGGAGGAGUUGCACAUAAUAAUAGCACACACAAGUUUCAUCCCUGCGACGAAGCGGUCAUAGCCACCAAUGACGAUGCCAGUGACUGCAAGCGGGGUGCUGUGCGCCUUGGCUACUGGAAGGACGAUUAUAUUGGGUUCUUUGUGCGCAAUCAGGAGAGAAAAGCCCCUGAGAUAAAUCGUGGCUACUUUGCACGCGUCAAGGGCGUUGAGAUGUGUGUGGAGAAGUUUCUGAAGAAAACCUCUGGAAACUGCCAAAUCAUAAACCUUGGCUGCGGCUUUGAUACGCUCUACUUUCGGUUGCGGGACAGCGUACACAAGGUGAAGAACUUCAUUGAGCUAGAUUUCCCCACAGUGACGGCACGCAAAUGCUAUACAAUCAAACGCAACAAGGCGCUCCUGGGCAAAAUAAACGACGAAGAUGGAGAGGUGCGGCUCAGUCCGACGGACCUGCAUGGGCCCAACUAUCAUCUGAUGGGCGUUGACCUACGAAAUCUGGAUGAGGUGGACAAUAAGUUGCAGCAAGCCGAAGUAGACUUCACUCUGCCCACCAUAUUUUUAGCGGAAUGCGUUCUCGUUUAUAUCGAGGCCCAGAACUGCCGAAACUUGCUCAAAUGGAUAGCACAGAAGUUUCAAGCCGCCGUCUUUGUCAACUAUGAACAGGUCAACAUGAACGAUCGCUUUGGCGAUGUUAUGCUUAAUAAUCUACGAAGCCGGGGCUGCAGUUUAGCCGGCGUGGAAUCUUGUCUGUCGCUUGAGACUCAAACCAAUCGCUUUAAGGACUGCGGCUGGAGCGGGGCACGUGCCUGGGACAUGGUGCAGGUGUACGACAGCAUUUCCUCAUCGGAGCGCCAACGUAUCGAGCGUCUUGAGAUGUUGGACGAGGGCGAAUUACUGCUGCAACUUUUCCAGCACUAUUGCCUAGUUGUUGCUUGGUUGGGGGUUGCCUUUCAGGACCUAGAUAUAACUGUGGAGGAACUUAUGUCAUCACUGAACAUUGACUAAUGGAUGUCUCGUUGAAAGAUUUCUUGGCUGCACUGCAAAACAACUUAAACAUUUAUUUUUUGUAUGCACUUGCCGCUUGCAAUCGUUACGCAGAUUGUGUUAAAAAAUUAUAAUGUAUUUAAUGUUAGUAAUUCACAGAGAAACACCUACAGGCAAUGUAGAUAAUUGGCAUUGCUUAUGCCCCAUUUGUAAAUUCUUAAGUGUACUUUAAUUAAGAUUGGCAAACAUUUAAAAUUGUUCGUUCCUUAAAGCUUUUCAUUGCUAAGCUUAGUUUUCCUCUCUUUUUUGGCUACAUAAUUUAUAUUUGCAAUUAAUAUGUAAUGCACCAGCGAAAACUACUUAAUCAAAUGAAAUGAUUCAA